AUGGAUUUCGAAGAGCAAAUGCAAGGACAUGCUUCAAAGAGUGAAGAUUCGGGGGAAACUUCGUGUAGAAGACAUGAUAUUGUUCCACCGCUUUUGACAAUGAGUGAGCAAGACGAGAGCUCUUUUGAGCAUAAUGAACAGUUUCAUGAACUGCUUGAGUCAUUUUAUGGAUUGAUGCUAAAUUCAUCAACACUUUUAAAUUGCAAAGAUUCACGAGUUGCUAACCCAGUUAUGAUCCAUAUUCCAGAUCAUUUAGUUGGGUUUUGUAAUGUUGGUUUAGUGGGAGAAAAAACAUUGGAAUCUGCAGACUACGAAAUUCAGCCUAGCGCCCAUGGACCUCUUUCAUACAUUGCAGGCUAUGUUAUGUCAAAAUUAAAUAAAGCAAGUAAAGGAAAGUCAGAGGAAGAAAAACCUGAACUUCAAGCUUUGUUACAAAGUUUAAUAGUAUCUGAAGAGGAAGUUAGCAACGAAUUCAUAUCAGCCAAGACAAGGGAUGGUCUUGUUACCCCUUGCCAGGAUAGUGUUAGGAAUUUACACAAAGCAGAGAUUUGUUUUUGA